AUGGACCAAUACGUGAAUGCUCUGGUUGCCCAUGUAAAUGCGAGCAGUGCUCCGCCAGGGAACGCUAGCAUAGCUGUCUCGUCUUUUAAUCAGGCACACGAGGUGAUACGACGGAUGAAAGGCAUCGGUGCUGAGCCCGAUAACAGCCUGAUAUCAUGCUCCGCAUGGCGCCGCCUUCAGGAAUUAUACGAACGCUGCGGUUCUGAAAGCAUUCUGAAGCUUUUUGAAAAUGAUCCGCAGCGGUUCAAGCGGUAUUCGGUGGAGGUGGACCUGAAGAGCAUGGACAAAAACUUUUUCCUUUUGGAUUACUCAAAAACACAUAUCAAUGAUGAAAUGAGGGAUGCACUUUUUGCACUCGUUGAGGAGCGCGGUGUUCGGGCAUAUAUGCGAGCAUUGUUCAACGGUGAAAGUGUAAACACAACCGAGAAUCGCGCUGUACUUCAUAUUGCCUUGCGCAAUCGCAGCAAUCGCUCUAUUAUGGUGGAUGGGCAGGAUGUGAUGCCCGCUGUGAACCACGUGCUUCAACAGAUGAAGGACUUCUCAGACAAGGUGAGGAGCGGCGCGUGGAAGGGCCAUACCGGCAAGUGUAUCCGUCAUGUUGUGAACAUCGGGAUUGGAGGGAGUGACCUUGGACCUGUGAUGGCUACGGAGGCCUUGAGACCCUUCUCUCAGAGAAAUAUAUCAAUGCACUUUGUCUCCAACGUCGAUGCAACACACUUGGCAGAGGUCUUGAAGGUGGUUGAUCUUGAAGCAACGCUUUUCAUCGUUGCAAGCAAGACAUUUACCACACAAGAGACCCUUACCAAUGCUAUUUCCGCACGAAAUGCAUUACUGACCUUUCUGAAUUCUCGUGGCAUAAGUGAAAACGGUGCCGUUGCCAAGCAUUUUGUUGCACUUUCAACCAAUACAUGGAAGGUUAAGGAGUUCGGUAUUGAUGAAGACAACAUGUUUCAAUUCUGGGACUGGGUUGGUGGCCGGUAUUCGCUGUGGUCGGCCAUCGGCUUGCCUUUAAUGAUAUCUAUUGGAUACGACAAUUUUGUGGAGAUGCUGACUGGUGCUCACAUCAUUGACGAACACUUCAUCAAUGCGCCAACAAGCCAGAACUUGCCCAUCAUUCUUGCCCUGGUUGGAGUUUUGUACAACAACUUCUUUGGUGCCGAGACUCAGGCAGUUCUACCAUAUGAUCAGUACCUUUGGAGGCUGCCAGCAUAUCUUCAACAGCUUGACAUGGAAAGUAAUGGUAAGGGUGCUACCAAGAAUGGACAUGUGGUGUCAACUCAGACUGGUCCUAUAAUAUUCGGUGAGGCUGGUACAAAUGGCCAACACGCCUUUUAUCAGCUCAUUCACCAAGGUACCAAGUUGAUUCCAUGUGAUUUCAUUGGUGCUGUUCACAGCCAAAAUCGCAUUGGGGAUCAUCAUCGCAUCCUGAUGAGCAACUACUUUGCACAGACGGAGGCGCUGAUGGUUGGAAAGAGCCCUGAGGAAGUGCGAAAGGAGCUGACUGCUGCUGGGGGGAAAUCGGAAGAGGAAAUUCACGCACUCCUUCCUCAUAAGACAUUCACCGGAGGACGCCCCAGCAACUCUUUGCUGGUCAAUGCCCUCACUCCGCGUGCAUUGGGAGCUAUCAUCGCUGCGUACGAGCACAAGGUCCUUGUACAAGGAGCCAUCUGGGGUGUUAACAGCUACGACCAGUGGGGUGUUGAAUUAGGCAAAGUACUCGCCAAGUCAAUUCUUCCCCAGCUCAAGACUGGAUCCAAGGUGAAUAACCAUGAUUCAUCAACAAACGGUCUUAUCAAUUUGUUCAAUGAGCGCUCUCGUCUUUAA